AUGUCGCCGUCUGCUCCGCCAUCCAUUUUGGGCAGCGAGCAGGAGGCCGAUGAUAUCAUGUCUGAUGAGGAGUUCCGGCUGCGACAGAACGCGUAUGACCCCGGUCGGCGAUCCGGCUCGCUCUCCUCGGUACCAGGAAGUUCCCUCCGCAUCCAUACCAACAACUCCAGCACACGCCUGGCUGCCAGCUACUCGCAGUCUUCCGUCUCGCUCACGUCGCCGAUCAAUGCGUCCGCCCGUUCGCGCGGUGACACACUCAAAUCCAUCGAUACGGCCACGAGCCCCAGCUCGCGCACCUCGUUCGAUCACGCGACACGGUUUAUCCGUGGAGGCAGAGACUCGCCUAUAGAUGCGGCAAGUCGCGCAGCGAGUAUCCGCGCCGCGCGAGAAAAGUUCGAAGCAGACCAGCGCGCGAAAGAGGCAAAGUACGAGAAGGAAGCACACAAAGCCGCCGAGCGCGAGGCGCGGAGACAGCAGAAGAAGGAAGAACGCAAGUCGGAAGCUCACGACCGGCCUGAGGUGAUUGACGAGAAGGCACCGAGGCCAAGCGUCGGUGGCCGCCAAUACUCUGAUCAUCGACAGGCACAUUCGAAUUCGCUGCCCAAGUACGUGACUACCGUCGACGUGGAGAAGAAUGCGGGUGUGGCGCCGCAGGUUACGAAGAGGAGAGAGGCGAAGGGUAGGUGGUUGCGGUUCGUGACGUGGUUCAAGACGCGGCUGUUGAGGAUGUCGGGGCGAUGA